AUGGAUAGUGAAGAAUUUCAUAACCAAAUCGACGAAUCGCUCAGAAGGGAACAGGACGAAAGCAAAGGGAAAGAAGCGGAGAAUCAAGAGCAAGAGGAAGAGAAGAAGACUGAGAUGGAAGGAGGAAGAGAAGACGAUGGAGGCGAAGAUGAAGAAAGCCAAGACGAAGGCAAAGGAGAACCGAUCCCUGGAACUAGCGCUAAAGAGAAAGACACCCCCCCGACUAGACAAUCGAAGAGGAAGAAAGCUCCACCAAAACCUUUUCCACCAGCGGCAACCGCCAAAUCGAAAUCGGUGGGACCGAUACGCAUAAAGAAAGCGAAGACGGCGACAAACCAAGCUCCAACACCACCCGACGAAGAAGUCGAAAGACAAACUACGAAAAAGAAAGCGCCAGCCCGCCAACGCAAAACAAACAACCCACCACUCCGCCCACCUGUCAGUAACCCAAUCGUCAACGAACAAGACGACGAGUCUACGGGAAGUGAAGAAGAGACAGACAACCAACAAGGUGGACUUUGGACUGGCACGUACAGAAACAAACAUCGCCCACAGAUAACAACAGUGGGAGGCAUCGUGCUAGGUGAUGCUGAUGAAGGUUAG